CAUCGCCUCCUCUGACGCAAGACGAAGGACUUCCUAUCUCCACUGUCUCUCCAAAAAUGGCGGACACGUGUGGCCAAGUAUUGCUGGGAUCAGGGCUCACCGUCCUCUCCCACCCUCUGAUGUACAUUAAAGUCCUGAUCCAGGUAGGACAUGAGCCGCUCCCCCCAACUCUGGGCAGGAACCUGUUUGGCAGACAAGUCUACCAGCUCCCUGGACUGUUUGCUUAUGCAAAACACAUCAUCAAGAUCGACGGAAAAGCAGGUCUCUUCAACGGGCUCGGUCCACGGCUCUGUGCUGGCUCCAUCGGCACCAUUGUGCACAGCAGAGUUGUGCAGAAAUGUCAGGAACAAGGCACACUUCAGGUUAUGGGAGGUCAGCAGAAGGCUGCGGAGGGCUCCCUACAAUACGUUGUUAACGAGACAACCAAAGAGAUGAUAGCUCGUUCCUGCGCCACCAUUGUCACACAUCCCUUUCAUGUGAUUACUUUGCGAUGUAUGGUCCAGUUUAUUGGGAGAGAAACAAAAUACAGUGGGGUGUUUGACUCCAUCGUCACAGUCUACAGAGAAGAAGGCAUACUGGGCUUCUUCGCUGGGUUGAUCCCUCGCCUGCUCGGUGACGUCCUGUCUCUGUGGAUUUGUAACCUGCUGGCUCACCUCAUCAAUACAUACGCCAUCGAUGACUCGAUGAGUCACACAGGAGAAAUCAAGAACUGCUCUCAGGCUGUGACCGGGUUCUUCGCCAGUAUGCUUACAUACCCUUUUGUCUUGGUGUCAAACCUCAUGGCUGUCAAUAACUGCGGGCUUGCUGGAGGCCUGCCUCCCUAUGCAUCAGUAUAUCCCACCUGGGUGGACUGCUGGAGGCAUCUAAGCAGAGAGGGCAACAUGAGCAGAGGCAACAGUUUAUUUUUCCGGAAGAUUCCGGCAGGAAAGAUGUACGUGAUGGACCAGAAGAGAUUUUUUUAAAGCCUCAAGAGGACUGAGCUGAACAUAGUUGUGAUAAUAAAACAAAAAAGAAUCAACAUUGCCUGAUCUGGGGGUCGGACAGUCGGCACUUAAUCUCUUUUUUCUUUUUUGUAUGCACUUGUUUACUAUGAGGGUUUUUUUCUUCUUCUUGACAACUUGCCAUCAUGUGAAAUAAAAACACACUAAUUUCCAGUUAAUUUCCAGCAGGUUUUGUUUUAUUAACAGAAAUUUACAAAUUAAAACUGCAGGGUCGUGAGAACAUGAGAUGAGCAGAAAUCUUUUUAAGACCCACAUGUACAAAAUGUGAUGGAAGGACGGCUUGUGCUGUCAAACCUGUCUGUGUUAUGAAUGACCAAUGUCAAAGCCCUCCCCAUGUUUUUUUUUUAUAUAGAUUAUUGACAAUGACUCCCCUUCAUCCACGUGAUGGGAUUUGUUCGAAAACAGCACUUCAGUCUGCAUGUGGUAAUGUCUAAUAAUUCACGUUAGUGAUCAAGUGGGACCUCUUGUCAUGUGGUAUUGUCUUGAUGUGUUAAUUAUCAUAAAGCUCACUGCUUGGCGGGCGUGUAAUGCUAGUGAAGAGGAGGGAAAGGACUCAGAGGUGAUGGUUGUUCAGGAGCAUGUAUGGAUGUACAGAGGCAUGGAGGCUAGCCUGAGCUGACCAAUGUCUCUGGGGCGCUCUGAGCGACCGAAUGCUUGUAUCAACUCAUCCUGACUGACCCAAAUAAAAACAGCUUUUUUUGACCUUG